CUAAAGAGGAAGGCUCAUUUUAAUUUUAGGGGGUGGGAUGGGACGUCUGGUUUAUAUGUAAAGGUUUCUCCCGUCACCUCCUCAGUGUGAGAGGAGGACCACAAAGCUCCGGUCUCAGGAUGGAGAGGAUCUUCUUCGUGGGGCUUGCCAUUUUUGCUGGGGGCUCUUUGGCUGCCAAACACGUCUUUGUCUCUGAGGAUCGACGUUUUUAUGAAGCUCAACAAUACUGCCAGAGCAAAUAUACAGACCUUUCACCCCUCACCAACGAUCUGGAAGAACAAGUGUUCAGAAAAUCUGUAAAAGAUGGGCAGUCAGGAUGGAUCGGUAUUUACUGGGAUGAUGGUCAAAGGAAAUGGAUCUGCGUAGGGGGGGUGGUCUACAGAGACCAAACCUGGAAAACCUUCCCGGGCAUCUGGGAUCGCGUUUACUGGACCAGAGAAAAGUGGAUAUCAAAGAAUGGCGGGACGCCCAGCAACUUCUUUUGCCUGAACCUGAUCGUGGUCCAGGAGGAGAAGACUUGGGAGGAGGCUCUGGAGCACUGCAGAGGGAACCACGACGACCUCACCAGCCUGCUCUCUGAGACAGAGAACCGUCUGGCCCAGAGAGAGAUCCAAGACCCCACUAUCACCCAGCGGGUGUGGGUGGGUCUGCGUUUCCUGGGGGACACGUGGCUGUGGGUGAACGGGGAUCCUCUGGAGUUCCAGGCCUGGACCCAAACAGGAGAUCCGGACCAGCAGAGUCCGGUUCAGAAGCGCUGUGGAGCUUUGACCAAACAGGGAGAGUGGGAGAACCGAGACUGUCAGGAGAAACUAAACUUCAUCUGCAUCUGAGCGGCAGAACCAAAACUAAGAUCUCCUGGGAGCUGAAUGGACCUGAAAAAUAAAUACAUGUGUGAAUUUAAGGUUUGAUUUAGACAAAGUUUCAUAGAAUCUCAGUUUUAGAAACUCCUGACUUUUCUCUAUGUUUGGAUUGAACCUGAUGGUCAGUAAUGUUAUUUCUGUUAGCUGAUAAACUGCUGCAUUUAAAAAAACCACCUAAAUGAAAACAAUGUUUCUGCGAUUCUGGAAAACCAGCCUUGUUAUUGUAAUGUAACAUGCAGUGGUGUUUUUGAGGAAACAAUUAAGGAAAAAAGACGUUUUACAUAAGUGUAAUGAACCGUGAUGCUAAUUUUCAUUCCAAAGCCAUUGAAUGAAGCCUGCAACCAUUUCCAUGAAGAAUUUGCUUUUUAAAUACAUUAACAUUUGACUUUUUCUGUGUUGUGUUUUAAGUUUAUAUAAAGUUUAGAGGUUUCUAUCUUUGUCCUUUGUCUUUGUGUCAGGAGUUUAUCCUAUCAGUAACUAGAUGACAAAAUAAAAAACCUCAGCCAUCCAA